AUGGGCAGGUUGAUGCGGAGCGACAGGCUUGUCCUGGCUCUCCUUGGACUCGCACUCUGCUUCGGAGCUGAAUAUGAUCGAGAUGAUAACGGUUCAAGGGUGGAGAAGUCCCGGCAGGACGAAGCUGACCAGGAGCCAGAAUGCAUGUUCAUGCUCUUGAGCCCUGAGCUGGAUGUUGUGUACGAGGGGAGGAUCCCCUCCUUCGAGAUACAGGUUUCUCCGGCUUGUCCUUGCCCGAGCAACGGAGAGCAUGAGAUUGCGAUAUGGAUUUCUCGUGAAUCCAACAAGAGGCACCUCAACGUUGUGACAAACAUGUCGUGCACUUUUCUUCAAGAAGAUUUUGGAUUGAUUGAUCUCAUCGACAUCAAGGAUGGUCACUGGGAGGGAGGAGUCACCUUCAACACUCUCUGGGGCAUGCAUCAGCCUGUUAGGUUUGAUUUUGUUUCACCUUUCAACCCACAGAUCGAUGUCUUGCUACCAACACCAGGAUACGUUUAUGGCGCAGGUGUAGACCCAGUGAUAGUGCUGCACAUUCACGAUAUCACGGAUCCGCACGAGCCGCUCCUUGGAAUCCUCGUUAGGAUCACCGUCAACGGGGUGGAAGGAGCCAUCACUCGCAACCCUGGGAGAGACAAGUAUAUCCAUCUGCGAGAAAGCGCAGAAGGCGAAUACUUCCCGGAUGGCCGGUAUGACAUCCAGCUACAGGUGUUGGACCUCUUGUACAGACCACGAGGGGAACCUGUGUCUCUGGAUGUUGUGAUCGAUAGGAGUAAGCCGCCGGCAAGCAAGUCCGACAGAGUUCUUCAUGACUGUCCGGCACCUGCAGACAUCUCCAGAUGUCCCAACUGCUCUUCUCACGGAACUUGCAGAGGCGACAUCGUCUGCGAAUGCGAUGCUGACUGGAUCGGAGACACUUGCCAGCACCACAUGCUCACCCACACGCAUUUCUUGCCCGAUCUUGACAAGGAAGAUACUGCCACGAGGUGCCAUAGAAGGUCGAGAUGGGUCAAUUCAACCCGACGAAUCGCUGCUGCGAUCCAACAGCAACAGAAUCCCCCAUCUUGCUCCGACGAGCAUGUGCAGUAUCUUACGGACAUGAACCGACAUCCUCUUGCUGUUGGUCACGGACUUCGAUGGGAGGCAUUGAUGUUGGGUGAGAGCCUCAAGAACAAAUCCAUCUACCUGCCUGGGCCAACAUGGUCUCUUUUCAGCUACCACAAGUGUGCUGGCCUCGGCCUCUGGUGCCACCUGGAACACCCGACGACGUGCAAGGCCGCAAACAUGUCAAGUGUGCGCGAGAUCGCCAGUCAAGUGCUGGUGACUCAUGUGACUCGCCGGUGGGACUUUGCUGAAGGGUUUCAUGAUGUCGGAAUGUUCAACUGGUUUUCCACGCUCAUGGGCUUGACAGUAAGGCCCAGGUCUCUGCUGCACUCCGAGCUCAACCACAUGAAGAAUGUCAUCGGAUUCAAACAUCCCAUCAUCGGGGUGCACAUCAGGUAUGGAGAUGGAUGCCUGCCCAAUCAGUUGCAUCGGCCGCCGUGUGAGCCUGUAGAAACCUAUGUCGAAGAGAUCAUGCGGAUGGUCAUGAAGUAUGAAGUCUCCACAGUCUUCCUGGCCACCGACAGUGCGCAGGCUCUGGAGCAACUGAAGAGCAAUUUCGACUUCGAGACGCUGCAUGCCCCUGUAGAUCGGAGCCUCUUCGACUCAAGGUGGUGGAUAGAUCACAGAGCAGCGUUCGGAGUUGUUGACCCGAUGCAAGUCGGGGAGAGUGCGCUCAUGGACUUGCUGCUGCUGUCAGAGUGCGAUUAUUUCAUCGGCACCUUCUCAUCACAUUUCAGUCUGGCAGCGUUUGAACUAUCAACAUUUAAAAAGGGAUACGUUCCUCCAUAUGUGAGUUAUAUUUGCAUCUUAUCGAGCGCUUGA